AUGGGGAAAAGGCGGCAUGGAAUUUUCGGGAGGUGUCAGCUGGUCACGGUGAUAGACGUAUACAAAUACGAAGUUUCACCCACCGAUCUUCAGCGCCUCUGGGCUAUCCUACAGGAGCUGUCCCUCAGAGGUUUAAUGUGGCAUGAUGACACUACGCAGCAGGUAAUUGCUAAAGAACUAUCCAAUCUCCAUCAGAGCCAUCACCAGCAUCCUGAAGCUGGUUCUUCAGACAGCUUAAGGGUUACAAAAGAAAAGACUGCAAGUGAGGAAAAUUAUAAAGGGCCAGAUGAUGGUGACAUGCCAGGAUUCAAGUCGCUCCAUCAGUACCUUCAGCUUCUCAGUGCUUUAUCGCAGCCAGCUAAUCCCGUGCCAUCUCAUAAGACCAGAACUGACAAGAGUGAGACAGCUCAAUCGGACUCGUCCUUGGAUAGUCUCCUCCAAAGAAACAGAGGGAAAACUUCAUCCAACCAUUUCCUCGUAUUUCAUCACCAAUACCCUGACAAUGAACGUGCUCAACCCAGGCCCUUAAGUCAAGUCCAGCAGCAGAGAGGUCAGCUUCAGUCACAAGAGGAGUUUCCUGUCAAUGAGCCCAUCGACAACAAGCAACUGGUAGCACUACUGGAGCGUUAUUUGGCACAGAAAAUGGCAGCGCAGACUGCUGCAAGGGGAAAUGAUUUGUCAGUCAACCCAGAUGUCCGGCUUAAGGAAGCAUUGGGCUCAUCAAGGAACCAGCAACAGGAAGGUGCAAAUAAAGAGAGCCAGGGAGGUCAUCCAAGAAGCGAGCUGCUCCAUCGGAAAGCUGAUGACAGACUGCCAGAAUUGAGAGAGGAGAAAGCCCUGUAUAAAUCCAGUGCCAGUAAAAUCAAUGGAAAAAACCCACUGAGUCACUUGGAUGAAAAUUUCAUCCAGUCUGUGGUGCAGCAGCUUGGGAUGCAGCACGUGAAUAUGGAUGGCAUGACUUCGAAACAGCUGGAUGAAUUGUCCGAUGUCAUAGCCGAUGCUCUGCAGGUUGUAGAUGAUGAUGCAGCCCCCAGCGAUGGAAACAAAGGCAGCCUCGAAGCUAAGCAAGACUUUCAACAGAAGGAAGAGGAGGAUGCAAUUAAAAGAGAUGAGCUCGUUCUGGAAAAACAAAAUGAUGAAGUAAAUGAAGAGUUCCCUAAGAAGAGCCAGCCUUUCAAAACAAAGGAUGAGAGUGAUGAAGUCAAGAAAAGUCUUACUGAUAUGCUGGACCUUGACUCCCUGUACACAACCCCUCGCAAAAACAGAGUCAAAACAUUUGGUUCCUCAACUAAAGAAAACGUCGGGAUCGAAAACGUGAAAAGCAACACUAUCACCAGAGAAGUGACCAGUACCAGGAAGUCUGAAGAUGGCAUUUUUGGCUCCGAAGAAAAACCAAAUCAAUGGGUUGAUGGGAGUCUGGUGUACAAGGAACCUCAGAAGAAGAACUCCCAGAUGGGAGAUCAGCACCUGGAUGUAGCACCGUCCAAAACAAAUCUGUAUGGCUAUAUUGUGACCCAGCAAAACCCCCUGAGUGUAGAGAAAGGCCUGGAAUUAAUGGAAGAUUUGGCACAUCUUCUGAAACUGCAGAUCAAUGUCUUCGAAGAUGUCAGUAUGAUUGGACCAGCUGUGAUCUUCCAAGUUAAAGUUAAUGGUCAAAAUGUGUCAACGGCUGACGUGGUGAACAUAGCAGUGAUCAACAAAGAAAAACUAGAAAAAGAAACAGGAUUAAAAAUCUUGCAGACUGGCAUGAGAGAAAAGAGCAAACUGCGAACUUUCCCCCAAUGGGCCAACGAAGAGGACUCCACCAAAUUUAUUAUCUUAACAAUAAUCUCCAUCGUCUGCAUCAUCGGGGUCCUUGUUGCGUCAGGGGCCAUCUACUGCCACAGGCAUCGCUCUCACCAGAAACUGAAGGAGAAGCUGGGCACGCUGGGACAUGAUGCCACCGCUGGUUCAGAUGCCACAAACGCCUACCAGGAGCUUUGUCGCCAGCGUAUGGCUGUCAAGACAUCUGAACGCCCAGAGCCUGCUCACGCCUCCCGCAUCAAUAGCGUCUCCUCUCAGUUCAGUGACGGCGCACAGCACAGCCCAUCCACACGGAGCAGCACCUCUUCCUGGUGUGAGGAGCCGGUCCAGUCCAACAUGGACAUCUCUACAGGACACAUGAUACUGACCUAUAUGGAAGAUCACCUGAGGAACAAAAACCGCCUGGUGAAAGAAUGGGAAGCUCUUUCUGCCUAUCAGGCUGAGCCAAACACCAGCAGCAUCGCAGACAGGGAGGAGAAUGAAAAGAAGAACAGAUCUCAGCUGGUGGUGCCAUAUGAUCACUCCAGAAUAACACUGAAAGUUGAAUCAAGUCAUUCAAACUCAGACUACAUCAACGCAAGCCCAAUUAUGGACCAUGACCCCAGGAACCCCGCAUACAUUGCUGCUCAAGGUCCACUUCCUGCCACCGUCGCAGAUUUCUGGCAGAUGGUUUGGGAGAAUGGCUGUGUUGUUAUCGUCAUGCUGACACCCUUGACAGAAAAUGGAGUCAAGCAAUGCUACCACUACUGGCCGGAUGAGGGUUCCAACCUCUACCACAUCUAUGAGGUUAACCUCGUCUCAGAACACAUCUGGUGUGAAGACUUCCUGGUACGCAGCUUUUACCUCAAAAACCUCCAGACGAACGAGACCCGCACAGUGACGCAAUUCCACUUCCUGAGCUGGUUUGACCAGGCUGUUCCCUCAUCCACCCGGUCCCUCUUGGAUUUCCGCAGAAAGGUAAACAAGUGCUACAGGGGACGCUCAUGUCCGAUAAUUGUUCACUGCAGUGAUGGCGCUGGAAGAUGUGGGACCUAUAUUCUGAUUGACAUGGUUCUGAAUAGGAUGGCCAAAGGUGCGAAGGAGAUAGAUAUAGCUGCUACCCUGGAACAUUUGAGAGACCAGAGACCAAUGAUGGUUCAGACAAAGGAGCAGUUUGAGUUUGCGUUGACAGCAGUGGCUGAGGAAGUGAACGCUAUCCUAAAGGCACUGCCACAGUGAGAGACAACCAGAGACUCCUCGUGGCUCCAACACUUUAAUCGUGUCGGUCUCCAUGAAUGUUGUAGAAAAUGUGAUCUGAACUUGGCUGUGUAACUUUUAUUUUAACGGCUUUAGAAAAUGUGUCCCUUCAACAUCUGUAAUUGAUGCAAUUCUUAGCUCAAAAAAUAAACUCUGAACCGUUUCAAAGUAGGAAGAAAUAAAGAUUAGGUGAGAAGUAUUUAUACAUAUGCUUUUUGGGGACUGGACAGAACUGGAUGUAAAGCACUCAAAGGAGAUAACCCAGAAACAGGGCAGAUCAGAGUAUAUUGUAGAGUCAAAAUUUUAAAAACAUAACACUUUAGUUUUUAUUAAUUUUAAUACUGGAAUAAAGCUAUAGAGAAGCCUGUCUGUAUUAAAUCUAUAAUAUAUUAAGUCUAUUGCAGAAAUUAACUACAUCAGUAAUCACCACGCAACUCCACGUGGAGUCCUCCUGCUCCUGCUCCUAAAGGCUGAUGUCACUAUUCUUCCCAUAUGUUUGGCCUUUCACAGUAACAAUGUGACUUUCACGUUGUAAUCUGGUUGUCAUCAUAAGAUACCUGAAGAUGGUUAGUUAUGGUGUUUGGUACAAAAUUAAUUCAAGGGAAAUUAUUUCAGCCUUAAAACACCUUUAGAGUCUGUCAUAAAAACAUUUUAAAAGUAUUUAGUCCAGUAGAAAAUUGUCAGCACUGUUACCAGUGGAUUAUUUAAGGAGGUACCCUGCAUUUGAAUUAUAAUUAUAUUUUGUCCUUUUCUUAUAGGACUCAUUCUGUCACAUGCUGUCCUCUGUCCAAUAUGAAUCUGGGUGCUGGAAAGCAGGAAACCAGAAGUGACUACAUUACUGACUUGCCCCCUCUCCUGGGGAUGCUCCUGGUCUUCACUCGAUGCACCUAAGGAAUGAAUCCCACAUACUUCUUGUGUAGGAAUCCCAUAUUCCUCAUGCCCACUGAAACAUAAAACAAUUGCUGUACCCCUGGUCCAAUCCCCUGUGGCACUAACACCACGUGGACUGCAGCGGUUCAUGAAGGCAGCUCACCACUGCCUUUCUCAAGGUCAAUUAGCGAUGAGCAGUAAAUACUGGCCUAGCCAGUGACACCCACAUCCUGUAAAUGAAUAAGAAAAAAACUCUCUGCUAUCCCUGAAGUUUUCUCUAUCUGAGUUAUCCAGGAGAAUCAGUGAUAGUGGUGGUGAAUUUAGCAAGUAAUAUUAAUCCAUACAUAAUUAGUGAUCCAUAAUUUACCAGAGUCACACAUUUAGAAUGUUGAAUGUGUUAAAUUAUAGCAUUAUUAGUGGUGUUGAAUGCAUUCUUCCACUGCUCACAUGUGCUAUGUUUGAACAUACUGUUCUCCUUUGGAAGAAUCACAUUCAAAUCGUGCCUAGGAAAAGCAAUUGAGAGAUUGUUAUCUGAUCAACAGCUCAUGGCAGUGCUGGUGUUUCAUAGCCUUAUGCAACACCUAACAGAGAUUCCGCACUUGAUAUCCUUUGCUUCUAAGUUAGUUACAGAAUGGAGAGGACAAUAUAAUAACAGUCCUUUUAGAUCUCUAUCCAAAGCCCUGAUAUUUCACAAAAGAACAUGCACAGGCAGAGGUGUGAAGGUUGCAUAAAGUCCAUGGGAAAGCUUCAGUUACUUCCAGUCUGGUCGAUCUUGUCACACUGAAGAAGGUGUUCUUCUGAACUUAAUUCUAAAAUACAUUAGAUAACCUCAGUAUUGCCCUUGCCAUUCCUUGACUAACAUUGUUUGUUAAAAUAUUUCUCCCUCACAUACAUCAACUCUUUAUUGGAAAAUAUAUAGUUAUGUCAAUACACCUGAUGCAGAGUUCUGGGUUUGAAUCCAACCUAGACCAGUGUGAUGGUGGUCCCUUUCCUGCCGUGAACUCGAGGGUCUUAAGUGCAAAUGGUUUGGACAAUCCAAUUUAGGCUUUGAUGGUCAGAACCAGCCCAUCACAAAUAGUGUCCGUAAAUCAAAAUUAAUACUGGGAACAAACCAGCAGUCAGAUUCAGAGAGGUUAGUGUAAGAAAUCACAGUCGUGCAGUUAGAAGUACUGUGGUUUGAGUCUACUGAAGGUGGCAUGAGUUGCAUCUAUAUGCCAUUCCUAACAUGAGAGCAGUUGAUUAUCAUCUUUUGUUGAGCUUUGGUACAAGGUUGGUUACUGGUGAGACACCAAGAUAAUCCUUUAUUUCCCUCCUGUACAAUCUACUGGUUCAGCUGGCACAUAAUGCCGAAGGGGAACAAUGAUAUCCUUACCCCUUGGUGAGCAAAUAUAAACAUUAAUCUGAUUAUUGAUUGUGUCCUUACUGAACACCCAGAUCCUGUCCUGUCCCACUUAAAGUAGCGCAAUCUCAACUAAUUUUUCUGAGUAUUCUUCCACUUCAGAUUGAGUCUCAAUGUCGACAUGUAGGUAGAAAUCCUAAGUGUUUGAUUUUAUUCAAUUCUGGCAACUACUACAGUCUUGCAAAUUUGAUGUUGGCACAGAAUAUAUAGUCUUUGUCUGUAAAUAGUCCUAGUUAUGUAAGACCAAUCUCAUAUAUGCCUCUUAAGAAUAUAUUUUAAUUGUUUUAGCUUUACGAAGACAGCACUCUUAUCAGAAUUGUUUGUGAGUUCUGUUGUGUUAAGUCUUCAAAAGUAGCCUAAUGUUUGCCUCUUACUGAUAACUGGUACUUUCUUUUUAUCCAAUAAAUAAUCAGUAUUAUUUCCCAAUUAGAACUUAUUUUAUUUGCUUUAUGGUGAGAGAAUUUAUGAUAAGGAUCGGUUAUUUACAAGUAGCCAAAAUUAUGUAGCUGGGUCGCUCUCAGAACAUUUAACACUUUCAAAGCCACAUGCUUUCAAUAACUUGGCUUAAGUAUUGAAUAGCUUUUCUUCAAAAUUUAGUGAAACAUCAUGACUAGGUAUUCCUGAACAUUCCAACACAUUUUCCAUUUGAAAAGGAGCAUUCAAAAUCACAUAUAUUUUUAUUUUAACUCGGGGAGAUAAAAACAUUUUUCAACUAAACAAUAUUAAUUCACAUGUUGCAUUAACUGAAUGCACAAAAUGCUCAACAGGAAUGAAAAACAAUGUUAAAGCUUUGACAUUUCUUCCCACAGACCAAAGUCAACUGUUUCGUGAAUAUUUUGAAGCAAAAAUGCAGAACUUUAAAAAAAAAUCACGUAACUACUUGCUCAAUUUUACACAAUUUAAUGCAUGACAUUGGAUUUUUAUUUUUAAGUUCCAGGAGAGGCAGUUUGAAAAUUUGACAUAUUUUAAUUCUUAUUAAUCUGCUGGCAGAUGCAAGGAAAUUUCCAUCUCCCUGGACCAACGACUUUUGUUUAUAUUCACCACUAUGGUGCCGAACUAAAUAUUAAUAUUGGUUAUAAUAUUAAUAUUUAGUUAAUCAGACACUAGAAUUAUAUUGAUACUGGAAUAUUACCCUGAGAUUGCUAAACAAAACACACACUUAAUUUUUGCAUAAAGUUGAAGGAGACAAUUCUCCUGUGUUCACUGUGUCAGUCGCUUUUUUUUCUCCUCCUAUACUAUCUUCCCUAAGCUUAAAGGGGAUCAAUUUGACUACGGAUGAUCGUUUAAAAUGGGGAAAUGUAAAUUGGGCUGCUGAUUCACUCUCAGCAUUUUAACUACUGGCCAAAGUUGAAGUUAUCCCUAAGAUACUUUAGAACAUUUCCCCUGCCUGCUUUGCUCCUGCCAUCCGUUAGGAAAGGGGAAGCAGCUUUCUUUUUAAAAUAACCUUUUACAAUACUUGAAAACCUAAAGCUUUAAAGGCAAGUUUGCAAUCGUUGAAGAUUCCAGCUUCUACAGACUGCAGAUUUGCAUUGUAAAUGGGCAUACUUGUAAUUUUGGUGUCAAGUAUAAAAUGGGUAAUAUUGAAUUAGUCACUUAUAAUGUCUCCAGUCAGUGUUGUAUAUAAUGGGCAUCUAAUUCAUCAUUGCAUUUCCCACCAGUGCCAAAGUUAAGUGACCCCUGAUGUGCCGGAUCUGGCUGAAUACUGCAUUGAAAAUAGUCAUUGAUGCUGCAGACUAAUCAACUUACAAUUUGGCAGCACCGACAAGUGGUGCUGAUUGGUGUUGUUCUUCCAUCCCACCUCUCUUUCAGGAAGGCUUUGGUAUAAGUCUUUUUACAGUGUGAUUUUGACUACUUUAUGAAAUCCUGGUUCUGCAUAAGACAGACCGUCAUCAUGGAAGAAUUGUCUGGCAAAUCCGACCUAUUACUUGGCUCCCUUCUGGUCUUUCAGGACAGUUAAUUUAGUGCCAGCAUAAUCACGGUAAACAUAUGUGAUGGAUUUUCAUCUCCAUGUUACCUGAAUUUCCCCCAUAAUACUGGAUCAUUCUGAAAUCCUCUCUUCCCUUACUUCAUAUUCAUUUAUGGUUAUUUAUUUGUACAUACAAUAAUAAAAUAUAAAAAGUAUUUUGUUCUAUUUCUGUAAAAAAAAAUUACAUGUGAAUAAAGUAUUGUUUGUGGAGUAUGGUGGAUACCGUAA